AUGCCUUCCAGAGAUGAUAAUUAUGACUUCAUCAAAGUCAUUGGCAAGGGCGCAUUUGGAAUCGUGGAGCUGUGGCAGCAGCGCUUCAGCGAUGAGAAGCUUGUUGCCGCAAAGCGCGUGCAUGUCGGCGAGAUGACGUCGGAAGAAAUCGAGCGCACGAGACAAGAAGCUCAAGUGUUAAAAUCGCUGCAGCAUCCUCACAUAGUGAAGUACAUGGGCAGCUGGGUAAGCCGACAAAAGGAGGACCUAAUCAUCAUCCAGGAAUACUGCGACGGCGGAGACCUUGCCCACUUCAUCUACUACAAGAAGAAAAGCAAAGAGCAAAUCUCCGAAGAGCUGGUGAUACAGUGGCUGGCGCAGCUGACCCAUGCUUUGCAGUACUGCCACAAGAAGGCUCGUAUCCUCCACCGCGACUUCAAGCCCUCCAACAUCUUCUUGUCGGAGGAUUUGCAGGCUGUGCGUCUCGGCGACUUUGGCAUCGCGAAGAACUUGCGCUCCACUGCCAGCCUUUGCCAAACAGUUGUCGGAACGCAGGCCUACAUGAGUCCUGAGCUCACACGAAUGCAGAAGUAUGGGCCAAAGACCGAAGUCUGGAGUCUUGGAGCCACUCUCUACGAAGUGUGCACACACAAGAAGCUGUACGAUAGCCCAGACAUCCUGGAACUUGUGGAGAAAAUCUCGAGCUCUUCCGAGGCACCCAGGUUGUCACCGGACUUGGGCUACUCGACGGAACUCCAGGACAUGUGCUCAGCGAUGUUGGUGAAAGACCCAGUCGCGCGACCAACGCUGAGCGAUUUGCUGACGGAUCAUGCGAUGCUUCGGGUCACCGUCCUGCAGCUCGAGCGCAGCAUGUGCUGGGAAGAAUCCCUUGUCCCAGGGCAAGAUCCAGACCUUGAGGUUUCUUUGGAGGCGCAGGACAAGCUUCGGGCGCUCUUCAAGAAACACAGCACGGAUGGACGCCUGAGCAAGGCAGAGCUUGCAAGCCUGCUGCACAGGUUGCAUCCCAAAUGGGACUCGGGUGUUGCGCGGAUUCUGCUGAAGGCAGCAGACGAGGAUGGCGACGAUAGCUUGGAUUAUGAGGAGUUUCUUAGCUGGCUUCUAGCAGGCAACAAUGAGUGGAACCCAAUCAAGCAAGCCAUGAUGCUUUCAACAGAUGACGAAGAUCCAGAGCCGCGCGUGGACCGAAGCAAGACCGAGGAAGCCUCACCACAUGGUGAGAAAUUUGCAGCGCUCGCUGCCCAUGCACGCGAGCGAUUGCUUAAGCCGACAUCAGAAGAGAGGGCCUCGCUGUCCCUGAAAGAAGCUGCAGCCAUGAAAGACUUAGUGGAGCUGGCUCGACAGCACAAGGAGCUCACUGAUCUGUUGCAGCAGUUUCCCUUCGACCUUGAGGCCGAGGCGAUGUCAACGGUCGACUUUUCGUCGUGGUCGAUCAGCCGCCUGAAGGAGUACUUGACAUCUCAUGGUGGUUCCUUGGAGGGAGCUGUCGAGAAGGUUGACUUGGUAGAGCGUUGUCAGCAGCUUCACCGUGAGCAGAACCAGCGUGCGGAGGUCGACGAGGAAGACUUGGCAUAUGCAGAACGCAUAGACGCACGCCUCAGGUGCCUUCGACUCUUGCAAGACCAGCAGGAGCCUGAUCCAGUGCAGCUCGCCAUUGCGCUCCGGCAAGCACAGCGCCUGCUAGUUGAAGAGCCAUGUGUCACAGCAAUCCUCACCCACUCGCAACGUCUUGGAAUGCGAGCGGAAGACAAGUUGAAAACUGCAAAAACUGUGCCGGAGAUGGAGCAAGCCUUGGACCUCAUGGAGGCCGUGAAAGACGUGAAGCUACCCGACGGACGUAUCAACUGCGUAUCGUCAACGGCCCUAGAUGAGGCCAACUCACGUCUACAAGGCGUGAGGAGUAAAGAGGACAAGAUCGGGGUCCGAUCACUUUGUGGACCUUUCGUCAAGACAAGCUCGAUCAAAGGGGACUCCACACUGCAGCAGGCAAAGCUCCAGCUUGCACAGGUAUGGUGUCGACCGGUGGAGUCCCUGGACUUCUUUGCGGCGGAUGGCGCGCCGCUGGACUCGGAGGAGAAGUGGCAGGAUCUCAUUCGGGGCGUCCAGUCUCUGGAGCUUAAGUUGGUAUUGGAUAGAGGCAGGCUGGGUCGCAAGGGAAGCAAGGCAGGAUUGAAGCCCAAAGAUCCCAAAGCCAAGCUCGCAGCAAAGAAGUCGCUCGCUAGCCUUGCAGCCUCCACCAGCCCAUGGCGAACUUGA